UGAUAAUAUAUUUUCUUUAUCACAGAAUCAAUUUCUGUGCAGUCGAAAAUGGCGGGGAUUGUGGUGAUUUUUGACUUUGAUUCUACAAUAAUUGAGUGUGAUAGUGAUAACUGGGUGCUUGAUCAUUUUGGUUUAACUGAAAAGUUCUAUCAACUUCUUCAAAACACGCCUUGGAAUCCCCUUAUGGAUCAGACGAUGAAGGAGCUCCAUUCGCAAGGGAAGCCCAUGGAAGAAAUUGUGCACAUUUUGAAACGAACUCCAAUUCAUCCUCACAUUGUUCCUGCAAUUGAGGCAGCUUAUUCUCUGGGAUGUGAUCUGAAGAUUGUUAGUGAUGCAAAUAUCUUCUUCAUUAAGACAAUUCUGAAGCAUCAUGGGGUGUUGGAUCGUUUCUCAGAGAUAAUUGCAAACCCCAGCUUUGUUGAUGAAGAAGACAGACUCAGGAUUUUUCCUUACCAUGAUUAUCAUAAAUCUUCUCAUGGAUGCAACCUUUGUCCUCCAAAUAUGUGCAAGGGGAAGAUCAUAGAAAGGAUCCAGAAGUGUGUUGCAGCAGAAGGGAGUAAGAAAUUCAUAUAUCUUGGAGAUGGAAGCGGAGAUUUUUGCCCAAGCUUGAAGCUGAAAGACACUGAUAGCUUAAUGCCCAGGAAGAACUUUGCAUUGUGUGACCUGGUUUCCAAGAACUGCAACAGAAUAAAAGCAGAGGUGCAUGGUUGGAUCGAUGGGGAAGAGCUCAGGCAAGUCCUGCUCCGUAUAAUCAACACUCAUCAUCAAGAAGCAAACAAAAGCAGUACUGAGGACUCGACUCCAAUCAUGGCCGUUGAUUGCAAGAUGGUGGGUCCCACUCCCAUGGAUGCUCCUAAGAACCUGCCUCAAGCCAUCCCAGUUCCUCCAUUAACUAGCAGCUGAGAAGAUGGGAUAUACAAAUAUAUAUAUAUAUAUAUAUAUAAUUUUGAAGCAAAAAUUAGUAGCUUUCCAACGAUCCAUUUCUAACGGUCCUUCUGCUUCUGCAAAAUUCUGCAGAAUAUUAAAGCUAUAUAUGUUCUAUGAAUCUGGGGGAUAAAUAAUGUAAUAAUGAAUAAAAGCAUGCAAUUUGCUGUGCAAGUUGGGUAAGUCAAGCAACCUUAAUGUCCUAUUAGGGUGUCUUGACGAGAAAGUUAGUUAGUAACGUUAGCUUGAAUCCUGUGGACAUGGUCCAAUGGUGAUGAAUGGUUCUUGAAAUGUUUGUACGAGGUCCUAGGUUUUAACAUGUUCGUUUUGUAGUUCGGAAACUAGGCAUGUGUGAUUAGAAACAGUCAAGAAUAACUGUCCAGUGUGAUUGUUUAUAAUAAAACAAAAUUAUUUUCUCGUUA